AUGUCUGCUCCUCUCACCAAGGUCGACUCCGCCGUUCAAGGCCUCUCAUCAAGCCCGCCCAAGGAUGGCACAAAGCAUCGAAGAACAAGUUCCAGUGCUGAAGGUGUCAUGAACAUCAAUGACUUGGCUACCGGGUCGGUUCAAGUCCCAUCAAGACAGAUGCUGAGAAGGGGUUUGAAUACAGAAAAGGCUGGAAUAGAACUUCAGAUUGCAAUUGAGACACAGAAGCUGAACUGGCGAAUCAACAAGUCUCCAAACACACUGGAUGAUCCAGAAAAAGGCUUCCUCAAGAAGAUGCUCACCACACCACCUGUCAAGAAGAUUGACCUCCACUUCCCCCUCGGACUCGAGGUGACGGCACGAAAUAUGAAGGGUGUGACGAUCAAGGAUGCAUUAGAUGCAAUCUAUAAGCAGUAUCGGAAGAAGACUAGAGCGCUCAUGGAUGAUUUGCUAGCUCAGAUGCGUUGCGAGAUUGAUAUUCGGGGGGCCGACAUGGACGCACGCGCGGCAAUCCCCGUGACGCUUCCACGAACCAACCCCACUGUUAGUUACUGGCAAGAUCCUCCUGAUUUCGAAGUCGCAGAUUACAAGACUGGAGAGACGGUGCCCGAGACCGCCGAUACAGUGAUUAUAGGGAGUGGAAUCACAGGGACCACUGUUGCGUGGGAGUUUCUACAUGGCGCGUCCGCACCAGGGAAGUUGGUGAUGCUCGAAGCGCGCCAGGCUUGUUCGGGAGCUACUGGACGGAAUGGUAUUAUGGCUAUCUCUCUCCAUCUAUCUAAUCCUCUCUGCCUAUGCGGCCACACGAAAGCAGCUUCCUACCGCUCGUUCCUCGAUAAUGCCUCCGCGCACGGAUUGGCGCAGGCCGUCAAGAUCGCAAAGCUGGAAUACAAUACGAUCAAGUCGCUACAUGCGUUCGCGCGCGAGAAUCAUAUAGAUUGUGAGCUGUUCAGCGGCGAUACGGUGGAUAUUAUCUAUGACCAUGCGCAGUGGGAACAAUGCCUAGCCUCGGUAUCCGCGAUGCGGGACGCGAUGCCGGAGGAACUGGACGGGGCUGCGAAAUACAAGUUCUGGAGCGCGGAAGAAGCGCGGGAGAGAUUCUAUGUGAAGGGCGAGGAGUGCGUGGGUGCUGUGAGCUAUGAGGCGGGCAGCUUGAGCGCGUAUCGGUUCGUGGUCGGGAUGUUGAAGUUGUGUUUGGGGAUGGGGUUGGAGUUGUAUACGAAUACGCCGGUGGUGAAGAUUGAGAGGUUGGAGGGCGGGUGGAGUGUAGAGACUAAUAGGGGGGUCAUACGGGCGGCGAGGGUGGUGUUGGCUACGAAUGGCUAUACGGGGUUUCUAUGCAAGAGCUUCCAGAAGGUCAUUGUCCCGUUAAGAGGACAGAUUACAGCGCAUAGACCAGGGAAGAACAUGCCGGAGGGAGGCUUGCAGGUGACUUAUUCUUUCAUCUAUGGUAACGGAUAUGAGUAUAUGGUCCCAAGGCCUAAAGGAAGCAUGUUUGAAGGCGAUAUUGUGAUAGGUGGCGGGCUCGUGAAGGCGAGGGAUGAAGGUAUUGAGGAGUAUGGCACGACAGAUGAUACGAGUAUCAACGCUGAGAUCAGCGAGUACUUGACGGAGACGACUCCUAGAUAUUUUGGGGAUGCUUGGGGGCAAGACGAUGAGGCGGGGAGAAUCAGGAAGCAAUGGACGGGCAUUAUGGGAUACUCCAGUGACGGUUUCCCGUUCAUUGGCGAAGUUCCUGACGAGAAGGGCUUAUGGAUUGCAGCCAGUUUUCAGGGACACGGCAUGGUGCUGUGCUUCUUGUGUGCGAAGGCACUCGUGAGCAUGAUGUCUGGUGACGAGAGCGAAAUAGCAUCUUGGUUUCCUGAAGUCUUCAGGGUUACUAAGGAGAGGAUGGCAAAGAGGUUCAUAGGAAGACUGCAUACGAAGCCGACGGAUAGAGAGACGAAGGCAGGUCUGUGA